CGGCUUGCAGAAGCACCGCCUGGCUCUUUUCCCCAAGGCUUGAUGAGCGCAGCCUGGCGCCACGGCGGCCGAGCUGUCGCUUGCGGGUCAGGCCGGUUUAUGUGCUAAGCGGCCUGGACUGUGGGCUGACGGCUCCAUCUUUGCUGGCGCUGAAGGCUCCAGCGGCAUUCCAAGCAGCAGCGUUAGCACCAGCGGCGGCUGUUGAGCUUCACUCAACAUCCCGUCGUGGAGGUAGGCACUGCUGACGCUGUGGGCAGUCGCCAUGAGCACCGAAGACGAGAUCAUUCGCAUCGCUAAAAAGAUGGACAAGAUGGUGCAGAAGAAAAACGCGGUUGAAGUUGGCAGAGGUAAUUUUGCACAUGGAUUUUCAAAAAUCGAGAGCAGUUGAGUAAGAUUAGAGAAGAAAAGGCUGGGGCUCUUGAUUUACUCAAAGAACUUAAGAAUAUGCCCAUGACUCUGGAGUUAUUACAGUCUACAAGAAUUGGAAUGUCAGUGAAUGCAAUACGGAAGCAAAGCACAGAUGAAGAAGUUACAUCUUUAGCAAAAUCUCUCAUUAAGUCAUGGAAGAAGUUAUUAGAUGGACCAUCAAAUGAUAAAGACUCUGAAGAAAAGAAAAAAGAAGCUGCUUCUUCAUCACAAAAUAGUCCUGAAGCAAGAGAAGAAAGCAGUUGCAGUAGCAACUCAAGCAGCAAGAAAGAGGAAGCUAAUGCUCCCUCAGAAAGCUUUAUCUCUUCUUUUCCUCGGGCUCCAAGCACAUCAGAUUCUGUACGGAUGAAAUGCAGAGAAAUGUUGGCAGCAGCUCUCAAAACAGGAGAUGAUUAUAUUGCUAUUGGUGCUGAUGAGGACGAGCUGGGUUCUCAGAUUGAAGAAGCUAUAUUUCAGGAGCUAAAAAACACUGACAUGAAAUACAAAAACAGGGUGCGCAGCAGGAUAGCAAAUCUUAAAGACACUAAGAAUCCUAAUCUAAGGAAAAACGUUUUAUGUGGCAAUAUACCCCCUGACAGGUUUGCUAAAAUGACAGCAGAGGAGAUGGCAAGUGAUGAACUGAAAGAGAUGAGAAAAAAUCUUACCAAAGAAGCCAUAAGAGAGCAUCAAAUGGCUAAAACAGGAGGAACCCAGACUGAUCUCUUUACAUGUGGUAAAUGUAAAAAGAAGAAUUGUACUUACACCCAGGUUCAAACUCGAAGUGCUGAUGAACCUAUGACAACAUUUGUUGUGUGUAAUGAUUGUGGAAACAGAUGGAAGCUUCAGGACAGGGAGUGGAGCACCCAGCCAGAAAAACCAGAGCCAUUGGGCACCUUUUGCACCCUCAAAGGAGUGGCCACCUGCUCCCAAUUGGCUUCAAGGGCUUUUUAAAGUUCUGCUGAAGAAGAAAUUAUUGACAUCUGGACCAGGAUGAAAGAGGAUUUUAUAAUUAGCUUUAAGAACUAGGUCAAGCAUCUAGAUUCCAGCAAAAGUUUUUGUUUGUUUUUUCUUUCAAGCAGACAUCUGAUGUUAAAUUUUGGAUUUUGACACAGCCAUCCCUGUAGUUAAUAGUUUGUAGAGCAAGAAAGCUAAAUUGUAUGGUAUAUUUUUUUUCAUUUUUAUAAGCAAGUCUACAUUAAACUUUUAUCAAUAACAUUUGGGUAACUGCUUUUUUCUUAACUUUGUGAAGAAAGAGUUGUAUGUCUCUGCAUUUGACAUAUCCAGCUGACUUUUUUUCUUGUAGAAUAAAAUUCACAUUUAAUAGCACAUUCCUUUUUAAUAGUUUUGGUGUCUUAGAUAAAAUAGUUCUUCAUACUCAUAUAAUAAAUUAUAUUUUGUAUGGGUGACUAGGCCGUAUAAACCAUUUCUGCAAUGGCCCUCAUAGCCUCAUUAUAAAAUGUGAUUAUGUGUAACACCCAGAGGCCUCUUAUUAAUCAAAACUUUUGAAAAUUGCAUUGAUGUAUCCAAUUUAUUGUGCAGUCCUGAAGCAUGUGUAUUAUUAUCUUGCCCUUAGUUCUAGAGAAAUGUCGUAAUUGUUCAUUUGACCUUACUGUUUAGUUUCCUUUAUGUUCUUAAUACCAUAAUUCAUUUUAGAUUCUGUAGAUGAACAAAGAUGCUCUGUAGUAUGCUGCCUACCUGAAGAUGUAAAGCUAAUCUUUACCAAUGGUAUUAGUUCUUGUGAACUCUUAAUGACCAGCACUUUUUACAUGUAGAAUAGCUGAUUUCCUAGACCACAGAGGUCAAAAAUAAAAUCACAGUUUUUCACCACC